UCCAUUCCAGAUGUAAAAAUAAUCACUAUGGCAAUGGCAUAGGAGGCACAGUGUUGAGUUGAGUGUCUCCCUCUCCCUCUCCGCUACUGCAACUCUCUCUCUGCUUUUCCAAUUUUACUCUGCACCGCAAUAAUCAUAAACGACGCCGUUUGAAUUUCCACGAAACCCAGAUUUCGUGGGAGCUUAUGGCUUCCAUUCUCGCCAAUCUCGUCCCCAACUUGUCCUUUAAUCACUUCCAGACACCACCAUCAUCGUACCUUGUUGGUGCUGGUAUUGUGCAACGUGGAGUUAGUUUGCGCAAUUGUAGAAGGAAGGUUCCUUGCAUAAUAAAGUGUGAAAAGAAAGAUGAUGAAGUUGAACACAUUCAGAAUGUUUCAGUUGAGCGUCCACCCUAUUACAGUUACUUGGACUCCACCUCCGGCCAGCUCGAGCCGGCCUCCGGUGCCCGAGCGAGUAUUCCGGGCCAAGAGUAUUGGCCCGAGGGAACUGCUAGUCGUGUGAGGGCUGCAAGGGCACCUGCUCCAACUGCUGAAUCAUCAACCUCUCCAUCUUAUGGAACCAAGCCUGGAAGUAGGAGGAAGAAUUACAAGACAACUGUUCCUGCUGCUGCUGCUUCGUCUCAACCCAUUGUUGCAUCAAAUGGCACUGGUUCUGGAGGUUCUUCUGAGGUUUUGAUUGAAUCCUUGGAAGAGUCUCAGGAUGACGUGUCUGACUUUGUUGUUUAUCAGUCGGAACCUGAGGAGGAAGAGUUGAGUGAAUACGAGUUCGAUAAGAAACUUGGACUUCCUCAUCCGUUUAUUGAUCCAAAGGUUAAUAAGCCGAUAGAGGGGACACUUUCGAAUGACGAGCUGUGGUGGAAUUGGAGACAGCCGGAGAAAGAACAAUGGUCCAGGUGGCAGAGGAGGAAACCGGAUGUUGAAACGGUUUUCCUGAAUGCUAUGGCAGAAACCGGGCAAAUAAAGCUUCACGGUGAACACCCAACAUUAACAGAAACUGCCCUUUACCGAGCAAGGCGUGAAAUUUAUAAAGAAGAAAGACUUCAGGCCGAGCAAGAGAGACUGGAAAGAGAUGGUCCAAUUGCAUACUAUUCAGAAUGGGUGAAAGCAUGGAAAAGGGACACAUCUCGCGAAGCUAUUCAAAAGCAUUUUGAAGAGACCGGAGAAGAUGAAACUACUCAACUAAUUGAAAUGUUUUGCCACCAAACUGACCGAGAGUAUCGCAUAAUGAUGGGGACUGAUGUUCGAAUCCAAAGGGAUCCUUUAGCAAUGCGAAUGAGGGAGGAUCAGAUAAAGCAAAUAUGGGGUGGAGAUCCAGUUUACCCAACUGUGAACUAUAUUCAAGAUCCAAAUGAAGUGAUUGACUACAGGGGGCCAGAUUUUCAUGAACCAACACCAAAUAUGGUGUCUUAUCUGAAGGAGAAAGGAAAACUUAUUUCAAGGGAGGAAUUUGACAAGAUUAUGGCCAAGGAAAAGACUGAACAAAUUGAGUCGACGGAGAUGGAUGAAGCUAUGGCCAAAGCUGUUGACAUUGGAGAAAAUGAUGAUGAAGAGGAUAGUGAUGUUGACGGAGAGGAAGAGGGAGAAGAAGAGAAGCUUAGUGAUUAUUGGAGUGUGUUGAAAAGUACUCCUGAGCUUCGCCAGUCAAAGCCAAAACCAAAGAAAGAAGGUCCUUUGUCACUGGACGAGGUUAUAGAAGAGUCAGAGAACUUGACUGAUUUCCUGAUGGACUUUGAAGAAGAAGAAUAAUGGCAUGCCUCCUUGUGAAGCAUUCCAUGUCAAGUGGUGUAUUGCAUUGUGUAGACAGAAUAGAAGGUUUGGUUGUUAGUCUUCAUUGUCAAUUUCCUGAACUAUCAGUAACUUCUUUUAGGCAUUGCUACAGUGGAUCGGGUGGUCAAGGCAAUAAACAUUGGAGUGAGAUUCUGAAUACUACUUCAAGGGUUCUAGAAACAUUAUCCCAAAGUACUUGUAUCCACACCUGUCUACAUAUACAAUUUUGAUAUCUCAGUCUUCAUACGGAGCUUAGCAGAUAAAUUAACUAGGAGAGUGACCAUUCCAAUAUGUUAAAUAUAUUGCUGCAUAUUGUUAUUUUGGUGCAAACUUGAAUCUAAUAUAUUAAGUCACAUAUCUUCUUUCUCAAGUAGUUCAAGUAACGAUGUCCUCGUUUAUUGUGAUUUACAACCUCCCGCAGAUUUUGCCAAGGCAUGUACAAGACUUCAAAUACAAUACAAUGGUAAACUUUCGUUUGUGAAAGUAAA